AUGACAUUCCGCGAAGUAGAGACACUUUUUCACGAGUUUGGCCAUGGCCUGCAGCAUAUGCUGACGCAAAUGGAGUAUGCCGAUGUCGCAGGCAUCAAUGGCAUCGAAUGGGAUGCCGUUGAAAUCCCGUCGCAAAUGAUGGAGAACUUUUGUUACGAUAAGGAUACAAUCGCGGCAAUCAGCGGCCACUACAAAACCGGUGAAUCGCUCCCAAACGACCUGUUCGAGAAGUUGAAAGCUUCACGCAAUUUUAUGAUAGCCACAGGGAUGCUACGCCAGUUGGGCCUCGGCGCGCUGGAUAUGUACUUGCAUUCGCAUUACUCUUUCACCCAUGAGCCGCUGUUUGCGGCGCAGCAACGUCUACUAGCUGAAUAUACCGUUUUGAGUCCGCUAAAAGAUGAUCGAUUCCUUUGCUCAUUUGCGCAUAUCUUUGCAGGAGGCUACGCUGCAGGCUACUACAGCUAUAAAUGGGCAGAAAUCUUGUCUUGUGAUGCCUAUGGUGCAUUUAAAGAGGCAGCCACUGAUGGUCCUCAGGCUGUAGCGCGUGUCGGGCUUAAGUUUCGUGAAACAAUCCUAGCGCGCGGUGGUGGGCAGCACCCGGAACAAGUGUUUGAAGCCUUCCGCGGACGGAAGCCGUCUAUGGUGCCGCUACUGACCCAGUACGAUCUGGUCGACAAAUAG